AUGCCGAGCUCCUGGCAGCGCCUGGUCAUAUCGGCCCAUAAUGCGACGAGCGGCACCACAACAAUGGUGGUGCCCCCAGGGGUGGCGAACGCGGGCACCAUGAACAACAUACUCUUCCCUCCACCCGUGGGCAUUACUGCGACCACGGGGCUCUCCCCCGCUGGAUGGCGCGCAUGGCCGGGUCCUGGACCCCCGGAACUGCAUAGCAGGCCGCCCCAUCAUGCGCUGCGCGGCAGCCUCCAGAUCCAUUGUUGCCAACUAGUGGCGGCAUUCCAUAUGGCUGACCUCGGCCUCAUCCUCCCACAGGGCCCGUUUGCGCUUGCCUAA